UCAUCAAACAAUUGUUAUGUAUUAUAAUAAUUCCAGGUAUGGCUGAAGGGGUGCAGGCGUGAGAGGGGGCGGGGGGGGGGAGGCAUGGGAAAGGUAUAUAAAAGAAAAUGCGCCAUCGAGACGGCAGUAACACCUGUGGCUUUGGUUGUGUAUUGCGUGCACGUCAUUGGAUUUUGUAACUCGUGAAGCAGUGCUGUGACGUGGGUGAGAUGUGGGCGCACGUGUUUGCGAUCGCGCUGCUCUGCGCCGCCAUGGCGGUCGCUGACCAUAAGCGAGAGGAGCGCGAGGCGAAGGUGGGCGGCGGCUUCUGGCUGGGCGGGCGCUACGGCCGCUCGCUGCACACGCUCGUCACCUCGCGGAAUGACCGGAUGCGUCGCUGGGAAGGCGACUCGGAGGAUGAAACGACAAAUAGGUUCUUCAUGGGCAGUCGGUACGGCAAGCGCGCGCCAGCGCCGCUCAGCGACCUGGAGCGCUGGAAGCGCGAGCUGUGCGACUGCGCGCCGCACCACGCUUACAAGAGGAGAGUGCUUCGUAACUCGGCUUGAGCUCACAGGCAGUCCAACAUAUUUUGUUACAACAAUUAACUACUGGACCACAUUUUCUACCUUCAACAGUAUUUUAUAUCAGUUAAUUUUGUAUUAAAUUAUUGAUUUUAAGCUUUAUUUUAAGAAACGUUCUAGUCACUGACUUUUUAGUGUAAUUGUUCUUACGUAAAAACCGGGCUGGAGGUUUUGACGUAAGCUUUUUCGAAUUUGGUCUGAUUUUUCCAAUCUUGCCUUGGUAUGUGUAAUAAUAUACAUAUUUUUAUUUUUUCUUAAUAGCCGAGGAAGAGUCCGUUCUCACAUGUUUUUAAUAGGAUACAUUUUUUAUAAAACCAAUAAAUCGCACCAAAUUCGAAAGAAUAAUGUAUAAUUAAUUAAUUUAUUAUUAAGGUAAUGUAUGCUAAGUUGUUGACUGUAUAUUGUAUAUUAAAGAAUAAAUAAAAGCUGUAAUAUGA